AUCGUGUAUCUUUACACGCUCCGUGUAUAUAGCUUUCCGGAUGCAGGUUCGAAAGCCUUGAAAUAACUUAAUCGAGCCAGCACGGGACUGAACGCGCCCAGUGAGGCAGAGCAGUACUGCUGAUUAACGCUACGUAUCUGCAGUUCGUCUCCGAGUCCGAGGGGACACACAGCGUUUGCGCAAUAGUCUCCAGAGGCCUUCGGCUCUGUUCAGAAGAGAACUGACAGACAGUACGGUAUCAAUGAAGAAUUUUCGUGAAUCAUCGUUCGUGCUGAUACAGUGUAUAUGAUACGUGUUCUAAUAUACUUUAACACGAAUGGAAGGAAGUGCGGCUCAACCAGUAUAGACCUAUGAGUGAAUGAGCAAAAUGUCAAAGAAAGAAGCACAAAAAAAGUUGCAGGAUAAAACAAUACAGAAGAAAACGAACAGAGAAGACGACAAAGCUGACGUGCAGAAAUGCAUUGAAACGUUGCGGGAACUCCUCCAAGGAGAGAAGAACCUAAAAAUAAGAUUGGAUGACAAAUUCAUGCUCCGAUAUCUGAGAUGGUUGGAUUUCGACCCAGAAUUGGCUUUCAACAAGAUUAAGGAUAUAUACAAAUUUCGGGCCCAGACGAAGGAAUGGCACUGCUGUAGUCCUCCCUCGGAGUAUGAAGAUAUUCUAGAAAUGCACAUACAAGCAAUAUUGGCUGAUAGAGACAGCAGGGGGCGCCGGGUGUACGUCGUGAAAAUAGGUAACAUAGAUGACAACAAAGACAUUAAUAUUUAUCGCCUGAGUCACGUGGACGACUUGUGGCUGGAGGCGGCGAUGGAGGAAGAAGAGACGCAGAAGAAUGGGCUGGCUGUCAUAGUCGACAUGGAAGGAUAUUCGUUGAAACUGUUCCGCUGGCUCACGCCACAAAACUUGAGAAAUUCCUCUCGCAAACUCUAUAACUUAAGCUUCCCUCAAAUCGACUUCCAUGUGGUGAACACUUCUGCCCUGCUGAACGCAACAAUAGCCUUGGUGUACCCUUUCCUCGAUUCGAAAGUCAAGGAACACAUUCACUUCCACAAUCGAGACUGGCCUUCGCUGCAUAAGUAUAUCAAUCCAGAGAUCUUGCCUGCAGAAUAUGGCGGCCAAAUUCCCAGCUUAGAUUAUGCAAAACUCCGGGCUCUCCUCUACGAUAAUUCAGAUCAACUAAUGGAACUAUUUUCUAUGGGGUACGUCAACACGUGAAGAAGGAGGCAUGUCCUAGUAUCCAAUUCGCAAGGGCUACAAGUCAUGUAUGGACUCACAUUUACAAUACAUGUCUCUACGAACCAGGUUACGUCUCACACUGUCUAGCCAACCUUUCAGAAGAAAAGUUUUACACGAGUACGUCUGAAUGUUCCAGAGAUGCAUGAGUAUCGGAUGUAUGUAUAUAUAUUCUCUAUGAUUGUGAGGCGAUAGAUUAUUUAAGACUGCUUCAUCUGGGCCAGUUUUUGCGGAACCAAGUGACUACUAUGACGCCCCCAUAAACAAAGUCCUACAUUUCAUUGGAAGUGUAGGAUUCAUAAAGAGUUAAUCAAAGUGGAAAGCACAAUAGAUCAUUGAGGGUCGCAGUGCAAGGGCCAGAUUAUUGUGGCCCACCCCUUUUAAAUUCAUUCAUUCAUUCAUUCAUCGGAAGUACACGUAUGUUGAAAAUAUCAUCUAGUAGAUAACAGGCUAUGACACAUCCAAGUUCCCACAGUAAGUGAACUGUACAUCAGUGCAUGAAUAAUGCUGUGUUCUGAGAUGGGACGUCAUGUGGUCCGAUGGGAGUUCACCGAAGAAGAACUUCUGCUUGCUGCUAGCUUUUUAUUGUUGUUGGCUUGUUUUAGUCUUCAGCUCUGAAGAGCGAGGCAGUAUGUUCCCCCGAAACCUCAGUGAAAUUCUACCGGACUACUCAGUGUCACACAUCAGCAAUUAGUCCCCCUGUAGCCACAGCUAUGACCAUCUCAAACCCAAUGUAUAAUAUUAAUCUGGUUAUUAAAGAAAAGGGGCACCGGAAAACCGGAAACAGCAAGAAGGAAGAUUUGAGGCUUUCACGGCGGUGACUAUGAAGAAAGCAGUCUUCUGGGAUUUGGC